GCCUGCAGAAAAGAAAUCAAUUUUGACCGCUGUUUUAAGGAACAAUUUCAACAUCGAUAUGUUAUCGGUGUUGCCCCACCACUAGUCACUUUUUACCUCGACUGAUAUCUGCUGCCACGAAAUGGUUUUGCUGGACAAUUCAAAUUUUAUACUGCGCUUAGAGAAGAUUGCGAACGAUGCAAAGAAGGAUUCGUCCUUUACCAUCACAUUCAAGCGCUACGAUGGGCAUGAUCGUCCGGUGCCACGUCCCGGCAAGAAACCGCUGCCUAAGCCAUCAACCUACAUGUGUCUGAUGCGAGCACAGUCCAAGUCAAAAAAGAUUUCGACUAUCGUAAGUCAGGAGGAUGUGCCCACAAUUAUGGCAAUGUACUCGCAGUUUAUGAAGAGCAAAAUGGAUGGUCUGAAGCGCGUCAAGAAAGUCAAAAGCAAGGCUAAGGCUACAAAAGCCUAAAACCAGAAUUGUUUAUCUUAGUUAAAGCUUUUUUAGUUACAAACAAAUACGAUAACGAUUACU